UGUUGUGAGCGUUACAGCACCCAGCAAACACUGCAGUGCAGCGGCCAACCAGCAACCAGCUAGCCAGCCCGACAACCCGCACGGAAAUAUGGAUGAAGUAACCCGGGUGAACGGGUAGGUUAGACCCAGCUGUCAGACCGACCCCCUCCUUACGGGCCCGUAAGCAUGUCCACGGAUGACAGCAUCUCUGAGGACGUGUCCAGCUCGGGCGCUCUGAGCCAUGGCCGUGUCAGCGCCGACGGCGGGAAGGAGAGCGAGGCGUCUCUGGCGUCCUCCGAGGGGACGUCGGCCUCGGGGCCGGCCGUGCCGGAGGAGCGGCGCAGGACCUCCCAGACCAAAGGAGGCGCUGUGGAGAGCAGAAGCGUGGCCCUCACACCAGCAUGCACCAAGAUCAGGCGUCUUUGUCUGAGCACAGAUGAAGCCUUUGAGCAAACCAAGAGCCUCCCGUUCAUCAACCCCAGCUCUCUGGAGACCCUCAGGGCUCUGGUGCAGGAGAUCCAGAGCAGCGGGGAGACGGACCCCGAGGUCUGGAAGGAUUGUGAGAGCCGCUGGUUGCAUCUGUUCCAGCUGGUUGAAAAGCAAUACCAAGAGCAGAUCCUGGCCCAGCAGGAGCAGUACCAGUGCCAAAUUCAGCUGAUUCAGGAUGAAAUCAAGGCUCUGCUGCAGCUCCAGAACCGGCAGACCGGCAUCCUGGCACACGCCGACUUCUCUGCGCCCCCCCCUGCCAAAAGCCCCGCAGACACAAAGGACGCCUACGUGUUCCCCCUCGUGCACAGCGACCCCGUAGGCCCCGCUCAAAGCCACAGGCUGGCGGCCCCAGUCCAAAGCCCCUUCAGCUCUCCUUCACCGCCACUGCCCAAGGCAGAGAGCAACAACCAGGGGGAGGAGCCGACCACCACCGUGCUCAGCAGCGGCUACGGCACCCUGACCGCCUGGGAAGCCAGCCUGGGGUCUCCAAAAGGAGGGCUGGAGGGGACAGAGUACCUCCGGUGGAGUUCGGACAUUCAGGAACGCUCAGAGACGCCGGCGACCACAUUCCAGCUGCAGUUCUCCGGUGGAAAGGCCGAUGGCGUGAAUGAUCCUGCAGAGAACCAGCAGAAAACAACCGAAGACGGUCAGCAGUUCACCUCCUGGGCUCAGAGACAGAAACUCCGGCCCAGGAAGAGCAAGUCAGAACAAGCCUCACCCGAAACCCCAGAGGACCCCGGUCCGGCCCACAGCGUCAGCAAACCCAGCACCCAGACCUGUCAGGAGGUCCGGGACCAGCUUCCAGCCGUCAGGCCGCCGUCCAGCUCCCUCCCCCUGAUGAGGAGCGACAGCCUGAUGUCAGAGACCUCAGGUUUCACUUACUGGCGCCUGAACGAGUGUGAGCUCUACCGCCCCCUACCGGACAGCUUUGACAGCGGCGCUUACGUCCUCCUGCAGGAGGCGUCCAAGAGCCUGAACCCCCCCCAGGAGCCCCGGCUCUCCCUCAGAGAGAUUUACCACAACAAACGCCGAGACUGGAGACGGUCCGACGGGGAAGGCUCCGGCACGUCUCGCUCCCUGUCGCCACAGGUUCCAACAGGAAACCCGCGGCAGUCCGACCACACCUCCGGCUUCACCUCGCCCUCCUUCUUCAGCAGCCCGUCCUUCGCUGCUCAGCCUCACCUGUACCCCAGAGUCGAGACCCCUGUGACCCCUGACAGCAUGGCGGAGUAUAACCCCGACCCCCCCGACUGCGCCUCCGAGGCCUCCCGACCCUCCCCCACAGACAGCCAGCAGCACACAGCCAGCCCCCCUGUAGGCGCUGAAGAGGAUGGACGCCGCACCGGCGCCCUGAAGCCCGGUCCGACCCGAAGUUCUGCUCUGAGGCCGGCGGCGAGUCGGCACAUGGAGCCGCCUUCACCUGGGGAGGAUCCCAUCGUCCUCUCUCUACUCCGGCAGAACCUGAGAGAAAAACACUCGCGACACGUGGCGGACCUGAAGGCGUACUACGAGUCGGAGAUCCAAAGCCUGCGAGAGAAGCUUCAACUCCGAGACCUGCCCCAGGAUCUGGAGAAGAGCAACCAGGCGCUGACGGAUAGGUGCAAACACCUGGAGGAGGCUCUGGUCAACGCCACGCGGCACAUUCAAGACUUGGAGGAGACCAACCUAUCGCUGGAGAAGAAACUGGCAGACUGGGCGGAGCGAUACGCCGUCGCCGCCGCCACCGUGAAGUCGCUGCAGCAGCGCCUAGAAGAAGGCAAGCGCUCGGGCAGAGAGAAAGACGCCCUGACGAGCCGCCUGAAGACGCGUGUGCAGCAGCUGGAGGAGGCGGCGCAGGCGGCGCGCCGGGACGCCGACGAGAAGCAGGCGAGGAGGGAGAGGGAGUACAAGAUGCUGCAGGACCUGCUCUCAGAAUACGACUGUUUAACCAAGGAGCACGAGUCUGUGAAGAAUAACUUGGUGUCUGCAGAGAGGAAGCUGGUGGAUUCCAGCGACCACAUCUCUGAGCUGAAGAGAGUCGUCUCCAAGCUGGAGGCUCAGGUGAAGCAGCUGGAGCACGAGAACCAGGCCCGGGUCCGCCACGCUCACGCACAGCCAUCGGGGGCGGGCCUUUUCCACCACCCGGACCUGCUGCUGUCGCCCAGUAAAAGCACGGCGGGGUGGGACGUCCCUCGCAGGAAGUCCGACCAGCUGAACGGCGCUCGGAAACCACAGCUUCCCCAGAACAAGCAGCCGGGUCUGCAGAGGAGGUCGGCCUCCUCGGGGAGUUCCACAGACGCCUCCUCGGCUGACGGGAGCUGGAGGGGCGCGUCUCCGCCUGAGUGCGAGCAGAGUCUUCCUCGGAGCGCAGCGCCGGAGUGGAGCGGAGCUCGCAGAGAUGGGUCCAGCCCGCUGACGCCCAUGAUGAAGGCCCUGAUAGAGCUGGAGGAGACCAAAGCCACCCAGAGCCGGGCGCCCUGGGUCGGCCGUCACAGGACCACGGUCGGGUUCGUGGAGCGGAAGCACAAAGAGCUGCUCCCGGAGCGAGCCGAGCUGCUCCAGGAAAUCCUGCCUCCGGCCGAGCGGGGAGGACCCAGAGGCGCCGCUCUGCUGAGAGCGCGGGGGCGUCUUUCUCCAGACAGCCACAGAUCCUCCUCAUUGCCCCCUCCAGCACAGAGAAACGGGGCCCCCUCCACACCCACAAAGAGGGAGACGUUACUGAAGCCUCUGUCUGCAAAGUCCAGCCCUAAACGCUGCCCCUCCGAGAACUAUUCCACUGCGUUCGGUCACCCGAUGCCAAGAGAGGAGCACCUGCAGCAAAGGUCGGACGGAGAGACGCACGGAAGGCGCCACUCGUUCCACAGCGGCAGCCCCAGGAAGAGGCUGCAGUUCCCGCUGGCAGACAAAGACGAGCCUCAGGAGCCAGCCUUCUGCUCCAGCAUGAAGCCCUCAGAAGGUGACUCCCAGCCGGGCUGGGAGCAGCAGCGAGGUUGCGUCGGGCCGGACCCGCAGGACCCCUGCGAGGACUCGGUUCUGCUGAACCCGGGAAGACCCGAGUCUCUGGCUGAGGCGGAGAGGCUCUUUGACGAGCUCACGCAAGAAAAGCUGCAGAUUGAAGCAGCUUUGAGCCGGAUCCCCGGAGCCGGAGGAAGAGUCAGCCUGCAGACUCGCUUGGAUGAGGCGGCUUUAGAGAAUCGUCUGGAGCGUCUGAACCGCGAUCUGGGCUCCAUCCGAAUGUUCCUGAAGAGAUUCCACAUCCUCCGCUCUUCUGCCAACAUUUAGGAAUGUCUGGUUUCCUGGUGACACCGAUUGUACGCCAUCGUCUUCUGUCUGUACAUCAAACCUACACCGACGUCCUUUAUACGCAGUACUCUGGGAUAGUUUUCUAAAACAUUGCGAUAUUUGGAGUAUAUUUUUGGUAAAACAGAUUUGUACAGUCAUUUACUUUUAUAGCCAGGAAAAUAUAGAAAUGAUAAAGUUUUAUCACAUUAAGGGGUACGUUCCUUUUUAAAGAGUUUAUUAUUUAAAAUGUGAAUUCACUGUAAACAUUUGUUCCAAACCACCACUGCCAUUUUUCUGUUUUUGACCAUUUUAUUCAACGUGAUUUGAAUGAAUUCAUGUAGUUUUUUUUUUUUUGUUUCAAAGUUUUUUUUAUUUGUUUGUAAUAUUUUGGGCCAAACCUACUGGACUUGAAGGACAUAUUUGUUUACUUUAUUCUCGUUUACGUUCCAUUUCUAAGCCUUUUUUCCUUAAGUUUGUAAAUUGACUUCAGCAUGGACACAUUUCAGACCACUUCUCCCUCAGCGACUUUUGUUUCAGUUAAAUUUUUUUAUUACGCUGUCUCCUCUUCAUCUUUUUCUUACAGAUUGAACUUUUCACUGGACCUGUAAUGUUAUUGCACAAUAAAGACAUUUUUUUAAAAACUAAAA